UGCUUCACUGCUUAAAGUCGAGCCAUAGUGAUCGACCGAUACUAUUAUAGCUGCGAAUAAUAUAAUGUGUUGUUCCUGCUGGUACCCUCCUCAAUGGGACAAAACUGUUCAGACCAAUGCUGUUACCGGUAUAAGCAAGUAUCCGGCAACUAUAGUGACUGCCAUGUGUCACACAAUGGAACUGCUGUCUUAACAUGUGAAGUAUAUGCUCCACGUGAUAGUAGCAACAAUUCAUUGGCAACAGUAAAAUGGUACAGAAACAACGAAUCUGUAAUCGAGAAUGUCACUGAUAGAUAUGAAAAUUCCAAAACGUCAACUAAAAAUGAAUUUAAUUCGUCUAACACUUCAAUGAAUGGACUCUUUGAAGACAGAUAUCAACUAAUCAUUCGUAAUGUCAAUUUUUCAGACAGUGGUAUUUACUGGUGUCAACUUUCAGCUGACGGGUUUUGCUUCAUCCCAUCAGUGUAUGUGAAUAUUACUUUCAAUACAAGCUCUGGUUAUUUCAAAUAUAAUUAUCAGCAAAGUCCAGUUUGCGCAGUAGACAAUUCUUCAUCUUGUCAAGUAAUACCAACCUCUUCAAUAAAUACCAUGUCAUCAACCACACUAUCAGUGUCUACUCCGCCAGCAACACCCACUCAACCAGAACUAUGUCGUGGUAAGCUAGAAUUAACAAACUUAGGAUUUGUAGCCUGUCUUGGAGUGACGGUACCAGCUGCAGGUUUCACACUCAUACUGAUGGUCAUUCUGAUCUGCUGUGCUGGAAUCUGUAUAUGCUGGAGAAAGAAAACUAGAAGAAAAGUUGCACAGAGUGUGGCUCAGACUGAAAUGGAUCAUACCUCAGAUAGAUCUAAUGCUCAAGUUGUGCGUCUCAAAAGAAGAAAAGUCCACCAGUACGAAGACGUGGAAAACCCACGACCUGAUGAACACACUGAAGAGCCAGUUAGUGAUCGUGAAAGAACACAUACAGAUGGUGAUAAAAUGGUAGAUGAUGAGUACAGUGAGCUGGAGCAUCAAGCAGAAACCAAUGCCCUCCAAAAAAUAAACCUAGAAGGAGAUCAGGGUGAACCACACAUGUAUGAAAUGGUUUUGGCUGUGAGUCAAGACAAAGACAAAACUGCUGUCAAUACGAAACAGCAACUGCAAAUUGAAAGCCUACAAUAUUAUGAAGAUGUUUGUGAUAAUAAACUGCCAAAACAACCACAAAGUUCUUUCGAUAGCUUUUCCACUAGCUGUUCAUCCCAGAAUCAAUACAACGUUCUUGAUCACUCUCUUGUCACUAAUCCAGGACAAAAGGCCACCAUUAAAGCUAUUACUAGCGAGGACUCCAUGGAAGAUCAUCGCUACAGCAGAACACAUGCACACACGUUGACAUUGAUGGGAAACUCUGUCGAAGAAACAUCUCAAGACAACCAAUAUGAAAAUCUUGGCAGCAGAGUAGUAAAGUCAGCUCAGCGACAGAAUACACUUGCAAAUGAAUCAUCUGGUAGCUGUACAUGUGAGUAUCAUGUUCUGGAGGAAGCUGUUUCAAACGGUACCACCAUCCCCACCACUUCAAACCAGCCAGAACAGACUCCACCUAUCCCUAAACACAAAUCAAACACAACUGUUCCAGCUUAUGGUGUACUCAAUUACAAUGAUUCCAGCCAGCAAAACAUCAAAAUCCAAGAUCAGCCCUUACAUCAAUCAAUAAUUGAGGAAAGCAAAGAGAGGGUAUUCGAUGAUCCACAAUACAAUAUUCUCCCUACUGCACCGAAAGUGUUAGAAGAUGAAGCGGAGCACAGAAGAGAAGCUACUCAGAUUCAGACAUUUCCUUUUGAUGAGCUGACAGACGUACAUGAAGUGUGGAUACACAAUGACUAAUUGAUCAUGCAACCCUUGUAUACAAUGUUGCAAAUAGAGACACCGUUUGUUACAUGCAACAUUAAUUGUGUGUAUAAUGUAUUGUGUAGCAUGAAUAGUGGAUUAAGACAGCUUUCUCUGUCACUGCAUGCAUGUGAUUGUAACUUUCGAGUGCAAAAAAGAUCCCUGCAGAGUUUUUGUGUGUACAUAGCCACAUCAUACAAUGUUGACUUACACACUUCAAAGCGGUAUUCAAAAAUAAACAAUGUGUAAAAGGGAUUAUACUUAUCAUUUGCACUGAAAAAUAAGAACUAUGGCAGCUGCACGGAGCAGGAUGAGUUUGGCAUGCAGUCUUUAUAAUAAUUAUCUCUGCUCAGAACUGCCAGGUGAAAUAUGUAAUAAGCUAAAG